AUGGAUGAGAGCAUCAUUAAGGUGCCGUUUUAUACUACGACCUCCGCAUGGAGAAUGCAGGCGCAGAUGCAGGGUCUUCUUCGCAACCACCCAAGCCUCAUAGCGGACAGUGGUCCCCUGGCAGCCCCUGGUACAGUCUUUACUACUGCGCGAUUGUCGCUGCACAACAGUGAAAACGCACUAGCAUUGGGUCUGAAUCCUUUAGGUGCAGGUGGAAGCGUUGGGCUGAUGUCCGUUGAGGGACCGGAGCCAACGCUUCAGGGAGCAACGCACAUGCGAUGGUUGGACAUGCCACCAGAUGUCUGCGUGAGCAGCAUUGAUUGGUGUGAUGAGCACCUCCUUGUGGGCAGCACACGCGGUCGCAUUUUACUUGUCAAGGCAGGCCUAUAUAGUGUGAAUGAACGCAGUGGAAUACUUGACCCCAGUGGGUGUUUGGUGUCUGGGGACACACAACCGGUAGUUGGGGACAUCAUUGUUGCACCAAGCAGUCAUGCGGUGUCAACACUUGUGCGCAGUGUGCAGUGCAAUGCCGAGGUGAAGUCCUCCAGUGUUGUCGCAGUGGUCGAUAGUCGUGCGAUGGUGUGGGAUAUAGAAGGCGGUGCGUCUCCUCUUUGGUCCUGGACUCCUGGCGUGAGCCCUGAGGCAAAGAAUGGAAGUCAACACGAUGUCUUGCUUUUUGCUAAAUGGGCCCCACACAGCGACUCAGUGGUUCUCACAGGCAGUUAUGAUGGAAGUCUUCUCAUAACAGACAUACGGGCGAGUGAAAGUGGGAUGAGAAGUUUAUCGCUGCCAAUGCGGCGUGGAUUUAUGGCUCGAUGUGCGGAUUUCAACACAUUGCUGCCAUUUGUAGUGGCGGCGGCAUCAUCCGAUGGGACCAUCACCGUAUUUGAUUGUAGAUUUCCAGGCCACGCAGUGCGUACAAUCUCAUCGCUUCAAGGUGAUGUUGCCUCUUUGCGUUGGCUACGACUCCACUCAGAUAUUCUGGCAACUGGCGGUAUUGAUGGCACAGUGGCAAUGUGGAACUUGCGGUUUGCCCCGACAUACUGUGUGGGGCGCGCUCAGUACAAGUACCCUGUCGUCGACCUCGCCGCCACUGUGUGUUCUGUAGAACAACGUCUAUUUGGUCUGACAGCCGGCGGUGAGUUAACGCUGACGGGUCUGGCGUCUUCGGCGCUGUCAGGACUGGCGCCGUCAGUGACUAGUCGUGUACAUCCGCCGUACACCGAAGAAGGCGCACCACAUUUGCGGGAACAGGAACAACGAGGCGUGGGUCUCCUCUACGCACGGCGACUGCAGGAAGCGCAUGAAGUUAUCACCGACUGUGCCAUGGAGCGAUUCACACGUAAAGACACUGCCGUGGCCAUGACACUCGUUAAUCUCACGGACGUCAUGGUGGUUCCCAAGUUUGACUAUAAGGAUAUGAUUGCGGGAAAUACUGAGCGUCUUUUUGCUGUCGAGGAGACACCCCAUACACAGGCCCUUGAAGUAUUUAAUGAGCUACUCGCCCGUUCAAGUGAACGACUCUGUAUGACGUUGCCGCUGAGAAAAGUUCGUGAUAUUAUUGAACCAAACCCUGAAGAUCUCAAAAAGGUUGAGGCACUGCGGCUUAACUUAUUGCUGCAACAUGUUCUUCACACAGGUGACCCUGAAAAAGUUAUUAGUGGCAUACAACUCUUCUCUGCUAAUGCUGGGAAUCUUGAUCUUGUGGACACGAAUACUGCGUGCAGUAUUGCCAGGAUGCUGCUGAGAGAAAAAGAAAACUAUAUUGAGGGAGAGAAGUUUAUGCGUGCCUUUUUGUCGCUCUUGAUUCAGCAGGAUGGCACUGUCUUGGCCCACACACUGGCGCGCCGACUUUUGAUUGUGGUACAGGAACCGCUUACGACUGAGGGGCUUCCGCCGCGACAGGCGAAGCGGCAUGAGGAGCGGUUUUUAUAUAACUUACUGGCAGCCCAGGAGGCGGUUCAGGUCCAGCUGGCAAUCUUGGGUAUGGGUAUUGAGCGGUACCAGCAGGUUAUUGCUACGGUGAAUGGCUAUCAAAAGUCUUGCUUAGAAAAAGGGGAGAGUGGCAUUUUUGGUUGGCUGGGGAUGAGGCCGAUUCUUCUUUUUCUGCACUCUUUGACCGCAGAUUCCAAUUAUGCCACCUUCUUUUGGGCCUGCGUGCAGUUAAUGGAGGCAUCCGCGAAGUGUCCAGGGUCACGGCAGGUGGAGUCUCUUCUUUUCAGCACCGUGGACCGCAUCUGCCGCGCUGCGAAGCACAUUCAGGAGCAAUUACAGCAGGCCGCAAACACGCCGCAUUUCACUCAGACAGCAUUGCGGGAGGUGGGUGACAUGAUUCGUGGUGCGCUUGACUUUCUCGUCGUACUUCUUCGUGUUCACCUUGAGUGUGAAAAUGUGGCGAUUGAAAGCGGUAUGUCGGAGAUUCCGCCCGUCAUGGCUCGCAUCUUUGACAUUCUUAGCACAGCUUCCUCUGACUUGCUGGAGGACUGGGCGACGCUGCUCGAGAAAUUGAAGGGGUGUAAGAUGCAGGAUUUUGUGCGAAAGUGUUGCAUCGGUGUGGUGCGGAACUUCUCCUUUCAAGUUGAGGAACUGAUGAGGGUCUCCGUGAAGAAGGAAAAUGAUGAAACGCUGAAUGAGAUUCUCGAUACCUGCUACGAUUUUCUUGAUACAGCCGUUAAGGGCGAUGAGGACUGA